UAUUUAUCGCCACUCUAGGAUAAACCCCACCCAGAAUUUCAGAAAGCAGUAACUUGCGAGGUUUCCCAAUGGCGAUUCUUGCACUCCCAUUAUUCACUUCCAUUCUCAAACCUCACAAGACUCACUUCUCCUUUCUCCUAACCACCACUAAGCCUCUUCCUAUCAUUCUUCACAGGCGUUUUCUCUCUAAAUCUUCCACUGUCUCUGCACUCUCCACUUCUUCUUCUACUUCUUCCGUGUCUCACAAUACAGAGCAUCAAAAGAAACCAUCUGUUCCAACUUUUCAACAAGCCAUUCAAAGGCUCCAGGAGUAUUGGGGUUCUGUAGGAUGUGCCGUGAUGCAAUGCAGCAACACUGAGGUUGGCGCUGGGACUAUGAAUCCUCUAACAUACUUAAGGGUUCUUGGACCAGAACCGUGGAAUGUUGCGUAUGUGGAGCCUAGUAUUCGUCCAGACGAUAGUCGGUAUGGGGAAAAUCCAAAUAGGCUUCAAAGGCAUACUCAAUUUCAGGUGAUUUUGAAGCCUGAUCCAGGAAAUUCGCAGGACUUGUUCAUCCGUAGCUUGUCAGCUUUAGGUAUUGAUGUCAAUGCACAUGAUAUUCGCUUUGUUGAGGACAAUUGGGAGAGCCCUGUGCUUGGUGCCUGGGGAUUGGGCUGGGAGGUUUGGAUGGAUGGGAUGGAAAUCACACAAUUCACCUACUUCCAGCAGGCUGGAAGUAUUCAGUUGAUGCCAGUAUCAGUUGAAAUCACUUAUGGGCUUGAACGUAUCCUUAUGUCACUUCAGAGCCUCCAGCAUGAUAGCUACAUUUACUAUGUCUCCUAGCUAGCAGAAAAACCUUCAUGUAGGAGGUCCUCACUGCCGGGUGUUGAUCAUUUUAAAAAGAUUCAGUAUGCAGAUGGCAUUACGUAUGGAGAGCUUUUUCUGGAAAAUGAGUAAAUAAACUAAUCC